CUCGGUGAUCCAUAGCUCGAGACAGUACAUAAUAAUAUGUAGAGCUCGUCGUCGAGGAAGGAAAACCGGCUUCCUCUCUCUGUCAAACAUUGCGACUACUUCUCGACAUGACUCCCUUUAGGCUUCUCGCACGACCACUCGCUCCCGUCGUCUCAUCUGCGCCCCGGACGCUUCCCCGGUUGGUCCGUUUCCAAUCUACCUCGUCCAGCUAUGAGAAUAUCCUAGUCUCGUCACCUAGACCUGGAGUCGGUCUCAUCACACUGAACAGGCCCAAGGCUCUAAAUGCACUCUCGAGCGCCCUUUUUGUCGAACUCAACGAUGCUUUGAAAAAAUAUGAAGAGGACAAAGAGAUUGGUGCCAUUGUUCUGACUGGCAGUGACAAAGCCUUUGCAGCGGGUGCGGACAUCAAGGAAAUGGCACCUCUGACCUUCUCCGAUGCCUAUGUGAAUAAUUUUAUUGCUCCCUGGUCGUAUAUGACCACAUUGCGCAAACCCGUGAUUGCAGCGGUGUCCGGUCAUGCUCUGGGAGGAGGCUGUGAGCUCGCCAUGAUGUGCGACAUACUCUACUGCACGAAAACAGCGAAUUUCGGCCAGCCGGAGAUCAAGCUCGGCACGAUCCCAGGAGCUGGAGGCUCACAGAGACUGACUGCCGCCUUUGGUAAGAGUAAGGCGAUGGAACUCAUUCUGACGGGAAACAAUUUCAGCGGUGAGGAAGCAGAGAAGCAUGGUUUGGCGGCAAAAGCAUUUGAAGGUGGGAACAAAGAAGUCCUUGAGGGAGCCCUGGAUACUGCUGCCAAGAUUGCCAGCUACUCGAGAGUGGCCACCAUUGCUGCCAAAGAGGUUGUGAACAAGAGUCAAGAUCUGGGCGUGCGCGAAGGCGUCGAGUAUGAACGUCGCAUCUUCCACGCUUUGUUUGGCAGCCAGGACCAGAAGAUUGGAAUGAAGGCCUUUGCCGAGAAGAAGAAGGCUGAAUGGAGCAACUCAUGAUGGCGUGUGGAAGAUUUGAUGCCAAAAAGGGAAAAUUGAACGAAUAUAGACUACACGUUCAGAGGCUGUACAAAAUACACAUCACGCUGCCAUCGGUCUGGCACUCGAACUGAAUGAUCUAAUACUCUGCAGAAACUUGCUCU